AUGGCUUUGUCAGCCAGUUUUGAGAACUGCAACCAGAGGAGAAGUGGAGUCACAAUGAUGGUGUUGCAGGUUAUUGUCUUGCUGCUGCAGAUACCUUGGGCUGAACUUCUGGCCCAUGACAUUAAGUGUUCCGUUAGAGAACCUCUUCAUACUGUCCACAAGUCUUACAGGAGAGGGGACUUCAUGAUUGGUGCAAGUAUGUCUCAAGUACACCUAAUAUUGGAUGAUGAAUAUUUCUUCUAUGAAUAUCCAAUUCCAGAUUCUGGAUCUCCCAUACUAGUGACAAAGAAUUACCAGCAUAUACUGGCACUGACAUUUGCUGUUAAUGAGAUCAAUGCAAAUCCAGAGAUCUUACCGAAUGUUUCUUUGGGAUUCCAUGUUUUGGAGAGCUACUAUACAGCAAGAAGGGCCUAUUACACGGCGAUAGAACUUCUCUCCACAUUUCAUCAUUUUGUCCCCAACUAUGAAUGUGAAAUUCCUAGCAAUCUGAUAGCAGCCAUUAGGGGGUUAAGUGCUGAAGCAUCCUCCCAUUUGGCAGCCCUGUUGGACAUCUACAAGCUACCACAGCUCCACCCCUUUCUGAGAAGCAUAAUGUUUAACAACAGUGCUGGCGAAACUGUGUUUUUACAAAAGAACGGAGAAUUAUCAGUGGCGUACGAUAUUACAAACAUAAUCACGUUCCCAAAUACCUCGUUUGUGAGAAUGAAAGUGGGGAAGAUGAAUCCUUGGGCUCUUCCAGGCAAAGAAUUUGACAUUGAUGAAGAUGCUAUUACAUGGCCUACUUAUUUUAAUCAGGUUAGGCCACUUUCUCUCUGCAAUGACCACUGCUAUCCAGGUUACCAAAAGAAAAAGAAGGAGGAGGAGCCAUUUUGCUGCUAUGACUGUGUUCCCUGUCCAGAAGAAAAGAUUUCAGACAAGCCAGCUGAUGUGGAUUCCUGUUCUCCCUGCCACCAAGAUCAGUAUGCAAACACUGAGCAAAAUAAGUGUCUUUCCAAGGAUGUCACCUUUUUGUUGCAUACGGAACCUUUGGGGAUCAUCUCAAUGACUUUUGCUUUAUCAUUUGCUUUCAUCACAGUUGGGGUGUUAGGGACCUUUGUCAAGCACCACAACACUCCCAUUAUCAAAGCAAAUAACCAAAAACUCAGCUACAUGCUCCUCAUCUCCAUCCUGCUCUGCUUCCUUUCUUCUUUCUUAUUCAUCGGCCGGCCUGAGACGGUGACAUGUCUCCUACGGCAAACAGCUUUUGGCAUUGUCUUCUCGGUGGCUGUGUCUUGUGUGUUGGCAAAAACCAUCAUUGUGGUGCUCGCAUUCAUGGCUACCAAACCAGGAAGCAGGAUAAGGAAAUGGGUCGGGCACCGACUGGCCAACUCCAUCGUUCUUGUGUGUUCCUUUAUCCAAACAAGCAUGUGUUGUGUAUGGCUGGCAAUGUCUCCUCCAUUCCCAGAUGUUGAUAUGUUGCUGUCCGAG